UUACAAAAUGACUAGUGUUACAGAAGUGUUCGGAAAAUAUCAACUGAUACAGUAUAUUUUAACAUGUAUUCCGCAUGUAUUUUUUGCAGUUAGUAAUAUUAAUUAUGUGUUCGUUGCCGGAGAUUUGAACUACAGAUGUCGCGUUGAUGAAUGUGAAGAAAAUAUCCCAGAAUAUACAGCACUGUGGUGGCCAGCUACCAGCACAGAUAGGUGUUUGAAACCCAUUUCAAACAGGACGAUACCACUCCCAUAUUGCACUAAUGCGAGUUUUACAAACUCCCAUGAGUUGUGUACUGAAUGGAUCUAUGAAAGCAGAGAUACUAUCAUAGCCGAGCUGGAUUUAGCUUGUCAACCAAUAAAAACUGGUAUGAUUGGUGUAGUGCACAAUAUUGCUACUGCUAUAUCUAUGCUCGCAGCUGGGUGGAUAGCUGAUCAGAUCGGUCGCAAAAAAGCACUUACCAUAUGCUCAACUUGCAUUAUAUUUGGAACUUUUAAAACACUAACAUCUUCGUAUAGUUUCUAUUUGUUAAUGGAGCUCUUGGAAGCGAUCACCAAUGGCGGUGUUGUAACCUCAGGUUUAGUUUUAAUGAUUGAAAUUGGAGGAAAAUCUAAAAGAGUUUUAUCGGGGGUUCUGUUUGCAUGUUCUUGUUAUAUUGGAGAAAUAUUAUAUGCUUUAACAGCAAUGUUUGUUCCGAAUUGGAAAACUUUAAUAUUAAUAACAUAUUCACCGUCCAUUCUGUUCUUAUCAUACUUUUUCAUGCUAAAGGAAACCUUACGAUGGUUGAUAGUCAAUGAAAAAAUAGAUGAUGCUAAGGAAACUGUGAAAUCAAUAAUAAAAAUGAAUAAAUUAGAGAUGAAUAUAAACGUCGUUGAUAAAAUGGAUUUAAAAAGCCUUAAAGAACUAAUUGAUGUUGAAUCCUAUGAACAAAAAGAGGGCUUAGGAAAAGCAUUCAAUUCACGUGAGAUAAUGAAAAGAUUUUUAGUAGCAUCAUGCUGUAGGUUUACUGUAUGCUUCGUUUACUAUGGAUUAACAGUAAACUCAGUUAUGUUACCUGGUAAUAAAUAUGUUAAUUUUCUCUUGACAUCGUUAAUGUCAUUCCCGGGCGAUAUCUUGUGUCUAAUUUUGAUGAAUCGCUUUGGAAGGAAAAUGCCACUUAUCUUCUCCUUUGCAUUAUGUGCAGUGGCAUGUCUUUGUUUCGGAUUUAUCCCGUCGUAUAACAGCUGGCUCAAACUAACAUUCUUCUUAUUAUCGAAGAUAUUAAUAACAAUAUGCUACACUGGUCUCGUGAUUUAUGUUAUGGAGUUGUUUCCAACUAGUGUGAGAGGCUCUAUGCUUGGCCUCAGUGUGGUAUUGGGUUCAGUUGGAACUAUAUUGGCGCCCUUAACUCCUGCAUUAGCCACAGUAUAUCCGGUAUUACCUGCGGUGUGUUUCGCUACAUCUUCAUUUAUAUCAAGCAUACUAUUACUACUGACUCCAGAGACUGCCAACAGACGGUUACUAGAUACGAUCGAACAGUUAGAUAGUUCGGUAACACCGACUAAUAAAACAUCUGUGGGGACUGUGAAUACCGCUUUUAUACUGUCAUAAUGUGGACUGGAUGCUGCAAGAAAACUAGAAUUAUGUAUCACCUAUAAGUAAAUAAGUCAAAUUUUAGAGUUUAAAAUA